UCUUUACACUAACGAACCAAUAAUAUAUAUAAAAAAAAAAAAAGAAACCAAGUUAAAAACAAUGCAUCCCAAUACACUCCAUUUCACUCUCUUUCUUCUCUUGCUCACUGGAACUGGUUUGGCAUAUCAUUCAGGAACAGGUGGCACUAACAGGAAAAUGUCUUCUGAACCAGCUGGGGGUGGCGGGAAUCCAAGUGGGGCGAGUGGUUCAGCUCAUGGUCCUAACUGGGACUACAGCUGGGGUUGGGGGUCAAGCCCAGGAGCUGGAUGGGGUUAUGGUUCCGGGUCUGGUAGGUCUCCAACCGGGUUCGGUAAGGGCUUUGGUUUUGGUUCUGGUUCUGGGACUGGGUCCGGUUCUGGCUCAGGUUUUGGCUAUGGUUCAGGUGGGGCUCAUGGUGGUGGAUAUGGCUAUGGUGCUGGUUCUGGAAAUUCAGGUGGUGGAGGUGGUGGUAGUCCAGGCACUCUGAAUCACUCGCCAGCAACUUCAAGGGAUGGAAAUCACCAUGGCUGAUGUUCUAGUUCGAAUAAUGAAUCCUACAAGUUCUGUAGAAUAUUGUAAAACUAGCUACUAUAUAAUAUAUAUAUAGGGGUGUUAAUUAAUGUUUUGCUGAUCAGUUGAGUGAAUUAGCUGUAUACAUAAACAUAAUCUACGUGAGCCUAAGUAGUGUGUUUAGUCCUGUGGCUAUGUUAUAAAGUUUGUAAUAUUGCACCAUUCUGAUUCUAUUCAGAUCGUGUUAGAAGAGCAACUAGUAUAAAAAGAAAAGUGUAACUGAACUAUAAAAAUAGUCUUUAUAUAGCUAGUCAAAAUGACCUUGACUCA